AAAAGAUAUGGGGUUGACCUGAGGAGAAGCAGCAAGCCUACAUCAAAAAGUGUUUCCUCUGUGUGUGCUUGCAGUUUAGUAAUGUAUUUUUCCACACCCACGCGGUUUUCUCGCGUCUAUAAUAUCUACACACAUACACAUAUACUGUGUGUCAUCAACAGAACACAAGUAGUAGUAAGACGGUUAGUGAAUCCGAGAAUGUCAAAACAGCCAGCUGGGCCCACCAACAACAUGGGUUUACAACAGAACAACACUAGUGAAGAUGAUGACUUGACGAGAAUCAUUCAUAUCAGCAAGGAGAGGCUGGAGCUGUUGAUUGUACGGACUAUAGAGCGUGUUAUUGUUCCGGUCAUGGGGGAUUUAGUUCGUAAAGUUGUAAAAGAGGAAAUUGAAUCGGUACAAGAGAAUCUCAUGCAUCAUAUACAAUGGUGUGGGGCAGUCUAAGUAAACAAGGGAGUACUUCUGAGCCACGACGCUUGCGUCUGAAGUUCAUGCAAAAUAUAAGUUCCCCAGUCCUCACUAGCCGUAAAAUUAAAGGAGAAGGAGGUAUCUCUAUCAACUUAGCUUUAGUUGACAGCCUAACCGAAGAGGUUGUAAAAACUGGACCUGAAGCUGCAGCGAAGGUUGAGAUACUGGUUCUUGAGGGUGAUUAUGCUGGUCAUAGAGAAUGCAAUGGGAAAUCAGAAGACUUCAACAACAGAAUUGUAACUGAAAUGGAAGGAAAGAAAUCAGUACUUCAAGGUACUACUACCCUGAAGCUUAAAGAAGGCAUCAGCAGCAUUACUAAUCUUUCUUUCACACAAAAUUCACAAUGGAUGAGAAAUUCGAAGUUGUGCCUUGGGGCAAGAGCUGUGAAUAGUUUUCCUGGAACUACAAUAGAGCCAGCAAAUACAAAAUCCUUCGUAGUUAAAGACAAUCGCACUGAAUCAAAUGAGAAGAAAGAGGUACCAUCUUUGCCUGAUAAGGUAUCACGGCUGAAACAUAUUGGCAAACAUGGAAGAAAGCGUCUGAAUGAUCAAAGCAUAUUUACUGUGAAGGAUCUUUUAGUACUCCUCAAUACAAAUCCAAAAAGACUCCGCGAGAUACUCAAUGUCAGGUCUAAGAUAUGGGAGGAAAUAACAGGCAAUGCAAAGAAAUGUUUAAUUGAUGAAGGGGUCUACAUUUACAUCGAUCGUAAUUUACAACAAAACAAUGGAGUUGUAUUUGAUGUGAUCGGACAAGUGAAGGGAUUAAUUAAGGAAUCCCAAUACUUUCCUAUGAGUAUGCUAUCCGAUGAUGAACAGAAGAAUGCCCAAAAGUUAGUUGCACGUGCAUUUGAUCAGUGGGAAGAGGUAAGCAGAUCUGAUGAUGAGAACUCUCUCAUAGAACGCUUUCCUCGCAUAUCAGAGUCAACAAUGAUAGAAAGUCCUAGUCAAUAUAUCUGGGAUUAUCCAUUGCUCGAUAUGUGUGAGCAAGCAGGUGCUUCAUCAAAUGGUAUCCGUACGCCCGUCAAUUGCAUAGGGGAAUCAAGUCAGAUAUGCUCUCCUGAGCAUGGCCUCGGUGACCCAAUAUACAGUCCUCCCCACUAUGUUGAUGAUCUUCUGCAAUUAAUGAACUUUAACAAUCAACCUGAAAGGCUCAGACUAGAACUAAAUCCUAAAAUGUCAUGGAAAAGGGUUAUCCCUGUUAUCUGUAUUUCAAGGUGGUUCAUGAUAAGAAAAAGGGAUGGAUCCUUGGAAAGGGGUCCUCUUAACAAAAGACAGAAGAUCUCAUGACAUGGGCAGAAAGGAACAAUUAACUCAGAGUUUGGUAAUAGUUUAUGACUAGUCUCAUAGGUUCUGCCGAUGAUUAUGUGUGCAGUUUCAGAGAGCAAUGUGUUUUGACGCAGCAUUGGUACAGGAGAAUAUAGACAACAAUUCUUCAUUAUUUUUAUUCUUUAUAUAUUGUUGAGCAUGUAGGUGUUUCUCCAGACUCUUGAUGCAACUUUCAAAGCCUGGUUUAAAGAUGAAACUCUUCCAGCUUUAGGUUCAGUAAGCACACUGUCAAAAGGGAAGAUAGUAAUGCUGUUAGUAACGGGGCAUUUCCAGUUCUGGGCUAUCUGCCAUGGCGGAAAUCCAAGUUAGUAGUCUGUAGAUUACAGCUUCUGAAAACAAAACAAAAUAAUUGUUUUCACCUCUGCUAGAUAUCAAUGAAUUCGUAGAAAGUUAUUUUUCAGCAAGGCUUGUUCUUGUACAUAUUCAUUUGUAAAUUGAAUUAAUGAUUAUAACGCAAAACAGGUUUGCUUUGUGUUA